AUGAUUCAUCACGUGGUUUGUAAAGCAGAUCCUCUCAAGUACCUUUUCGAAAAACUGGCUCUCAAUGGACGGUUGUCCAGAUGGUUGGUUAUGUUAUCAGAAUUUGAUCUGAAAUACAUUCCUCAAAAAUCUAUCAAGGGUUCAGCGGGGAAAUCCGACUGUCCUACCGAGGCAGAAGAGGAGAAUUGCGACCUACCCGAUGAGAAAAUUCUAAUGACAAACAACGACAGUUGGUCGUUGCACUUUGACGGUGCCUCUAAUCAAUGCGGAUGUGGUGUCAGGAUAAUCCUAGUAGCUCCUGACGGCACUCACACUCCCAUAUCAGCAACGUUACAAUUCAAUGAUACAAACAACGCGGCCGAAUAUGAAGCACGCAUUAUGGGCCUGGAAGCCGCCAUAGCAUUGGUCGCCCGGAAAGUUCGAGUAUACGGGGACUCCUCCCUGAUCAUCAAUCAAAUAUCUGGCAAAUAG